UUCCCGGGUCAUAAAUGGCUGAUUGAUGAGCAUGUUCAACAGUUACCAUAAGCAGCAAUUUGUUGCAAGUACAAACGCGUUUUACUUGAUCUGAUAACAGCUUCUCUGAGGCAGUUUCCUGGCAGCUUUCUUUCUUACUAGAUCCAAAGUUGUAACUUUGCUCAAUUAAUUCACGUCCUCUUCAAUAUAUUCCCUCAUUUAUAACCAGGGGAGUAUCAGAAACAACAAACAGAGCUUCUGAUUCUUUUUGUAACUCUUUUUUUUUUAAUUCUUCUGGGUUCGUUGAAUUCAGCAUGAAACCUUCCGACAUGUUGCUGCUUUUCUGUCUUUCUCUUUCGUUGGUGUGUGGAGAUGUAGCCAUGGCAGCAUCAUCUUCAAGCACGGAGAGGCAGAUUAGUCAGACACCGACAUGGGCUGUUGCUAUUGUUUGCGCUGUUAUCAUCAUCAUUUCUUAUUGCCUGGAAAAAGUUCUUCACAAACUUGGAACAGUUCUUACAGAGAAGCGCAAGGUGGCUCUGUUUGAAGCCCUUGAUAAGGUCAAAGCUGAGUUGAUGGUAAUGGGAUUCAUUUCACUCAUACUCACUUUUGGGCAGAAGUACAUUGUUAAGAUAUGUAUUCCUUACAAGGUUGCAGACUCUAUGCUGCCUUGCAAAGCAGAUAAUAUGAAUGAUGGAGAGUCAAGCGGCGGAUCAGAAAAUCGUAGAAGACUCUUGUGGUAUGAACAUAGAUACUUAGCUUCUUCAGGUACAACUGAGCCUGCAUGCAAGUCGGGGUAUGAACCACUUAUAUCAUCAGAAGCAUUACACCAAUUACACAUCCUCAUAUUCUUUUUAGCAGUCUUUCAUGUGGUAUACAGUGCUGUUACCAUGUUUCUUGGGAGGCUAAAGAUUCGCAGCUGGAAGAAGUGGGAGCAGGAGACUUCAACCCAUGACUAUGAGUUCUCAAAUGAUCCUUCAAGGUUCAGACUUACUCAUCAGACAUCAUUUGUUAGAGCACACACCAGUUUCUGGACUAAGCUUCCUAUCAUCUUUUAUAUCGGAUGCUUUUUUCGACAAUUUUUUAGGUCUGUUAGUAGGUCUGACUAUUUGACGUUGCGCAAUGGAUUUAUCAGUGUUCAUUUGGCUCCUGGAUGCAAAUUUAACUUCCAAAAAUAUAUUAAACGAUCAUUAGAGGAUGACUUCAAGGUAGUGGUGGGAGUAAGUCCUAUCUUGUGGGCAUCAUUUGUGAUUUACUUGCUUGUAAAUGUUAAUGGAUGGCAAGCGUUGUUUUGGGCAUCCUUGAUCCCUUUGCUUAUAAUCUUAGCUAUUGGAAUGGAGCUUCAAUCUGUUUUGACGAAGAUGGCUCUUGAAAUUACAGAAAGACAUGUGGUGGUGCAAGGGAUGCCUCUUGUACAAGGCUCCAACAAAUACUUUUGGUUUGGUCGGCCUCAUUUAGUGCUUCACCUCAUUCACUUUGCUUUGUUUCAGAAUGCUUUCCAGAUUACAUAUUUCUUUUGGAUAUGGUACUCUUUUGGAUUGCAUUCUUGCUUCCAUUCUACUUUCAGGCUUGCAAUAGCAAAAGUUGUUUUAGGGGUUGUAGUCUUAGUUCUAUGCAGCUACAUCACACUUCCUCUAUAUGCCCUUGUCACUCAGAUGGGUUCAAGCAUGAAGAGAUCAAUCUUUGAUGAACAUACAUCUAAGGCCCUCAAGAAAUGGCACAAUGAAGUGAAGAAGCAGAAGGGAGGAAAGUCACCAGCUCGAACGCUAGUGGAAAGUGUAAGUCCAAGCCCUUCUACAGUGCACUCUCAAGGAGGACACAAACUACAACGUUUCAAAACUACUGGUCACUCUACGCGCUCCUACACCUAUGAUGACAAUGAGACAUCUGAUAAUGAAACCAAUCCAUUAUCACCCAGAUCACCAGAAGACAACUUUGUUAUAAAUGUGGAUAAAAACUACUAUGGAGCAACUGAAAGAAAUGAGCCCCAUCAUGGGGAAAAUGGCAGCAAUGAAGGUGACUUCUCAUUUGCGAAGCCUGCUCUGGCAAAAGAACCAUGAUAUACUUUCAGCAUUGGCUUGAAUGUAUGCUGUUGUACAUUUGUUAUCAGGAAGAGUUUGAUAUUCACAUGCUUGUUUAUUAACUUUGAAAGGAAAAUUAUAGAUUUGGCUUUGUUUUAA